CCCCGCCCGCCGCUUGCCCGGCCCGGCCCGCCGCCCCCCGCAACCCCGGGCGCCGCGCGUCCUGCCCGGCCUGCGGCCCCAGCCCUUUUGCUGUUCGCCCGACCCGCGAUCGUCCGCUGGACCCGGCCGCCCGGCCGCCCGGCCUGCCCGCUGUGUGUUUUAGUCUGGGCCGGCCUCCGGGCCGUCGGUCCCCACUGGUCGGGCCAUGCCGAGUCGCCGCGUCGCCAGACCGUCCGCUGCGCCUGAGCUGGGGGCCUUGGGGGCCCCGGACCUCUCCUCGCUCUCGCUGGCCGUUUCCAGGACCACGGAUGAACUGGAGAUCAUCGAUGAGUACAUCAAGGAGAACGGCUUCGGCCUGGAGGUGGCGCCGCCGGGCCCGGGAGAGGGGCUGACGCGCCUGGUGUCUCGCGGGGCCACCUCCCUGAGCACCGUCACCCUGGGCCCCGCCGCGCCCCCGGCCACGCCGCCGCCCUGGGGCUGCCCCGUGAGCCGGCUCGGGCCCUCGGCCCCGCGGCCGCACCUGGUCAUCAUCGAGCAGCCCAAGCAGCGCGGCAUGCGCUUCCGCUACGAGUGCGAGGGCCGCUCCGCCGGCAGCAUCCUCGGGGAGAGCAGCACCGAGGCCAGCAAGACGCUGCCCGCCAUCGAGCUCCGGGACUGCGGAGGGCUGCGGGAGGUGGAGGUGACCGCAUGCCUGGUGUGGAAGGACUGGCCUCACCGCGUGCACCCCCACAGCCUCGUGGGGAAAGACUGCACCGACGGCGUCUGCAGGGUGCGGCUCCGGCCUCACGUCAGCCCCCGGCACAGCUUUAACAACCUGGGCAUCCAGUGUGUGAGGAAGAAGGAGAUCGAGGCUGCCAUAGAGCGGAAAAUCCAGCUGGGCAUCGACCCGUAUAACGCUGGGUCCCUGAAGAACCAUCAGGAGGUGGACAUGAACGUCGUGAGGAUCUGCUUCCAGGCCUCUUACAGGGACCAGCAGGGACAGAUGUGCCAGAUGGAGCCCGUGCUGUCCGAGCCUGUCUAUGACAAGAAGUCCACAAACACGUCCGAGCUGCGGAUCUGCCGGAUCAACAAGGAGAGCGGGCCGUGCACAGGGGGCGAGGAGCUCUACCUGUUGUGUGACAAGGUGCAGAAAGAGGAUAUAUCGGUGGUGUUCAGCAGUGCCUCCUGGGAAGGCCGGGCUGACUUCUCCCAGGCCGACGUGCACCGCCAGAUUGCCAUCGUGUUCAAGACACCGCCCUACGAGGACCUGGAGAUCGUCGAACCCGUGACAGUCAAUGUCUUCCUGCAGCGGCUCACCGACGGGGUCUGCAGCGAGCCCCUGCCCUUCACAUACCUGCCUCGGGACCACGACAGCUACGGUGUGGACAAGAAGCGGAAACGGGGGAUGCCCGACGUCCUGGGAGAGCUGAACAGUUCUGACCCCCAUGGCAUCGAGAGCAAGCGGCGGAGGAAAAAGCCAGCCUUCCUGGACCACUUCCUGCCCAGCCAUGGCUCAGGCCCGUUCCUUCCACCGUCCGCCCUGCUGCCCGAUUCAGACUUCUUCCCCAGCCCCGUGUCCCUCCCUGGCCUGGAGCCCCCUGGUGGGCCAGACCUCCUGGACGAUGGCUUUCCCUAUGAAACCACGAACCCUGCACUCUUCACCGUGCUGGACAUGCUGCCCCCGGCCCCGCCACUUGCCAGCGCUGUCUCAGGCAAUGGGGUUGCAGGGGCCACGGUCGGGGAGCCGUCGGGCCCUGAGCCAAUGACACUGGACUCAUACCAGGCUCCAGUCCCCGGGGACGGGGGCACUGCCAGCCUUGUGGGCAGCAACAUGUUCCCCAACCAGUACCGGGAGGCGGGCUUUGGGGGUGGCCUCCUGUCCCCCGGGCCUGAGGCCACGUAACCACCUCAGUGCCAGAGGAGAGGCGCUGGUGGGGAGGGAGGUGGACGGGGCCGUGGGAACCCAGCCAGGAUGGGCAGUACCCCCCCUGGGGCCCCCCCUUGGUCAGGUCUCCCCACCUCAUCCUUCUGAAUCGGACGUUUUCUGCAUCGGUGAGCAGCUCUGCAGCACGGGGUUUCCCCUGAGCCCAUUUCACAAAUGAGAAAACUGAGUCCAGAGAGGAACGGGACUUUGUUCCCAUGCACUUAGUCCCCAGAGUUGGGGACACCUUCUCCUGGAUGAUUCUGACGAGUGUACAUACGGAGGACGGUAUUCCAGCCCCCUUCCCCAGGAAGGUCGGGGAUAGGCUGUUGUCUUUCCAAUAAAGAUGAGUUUUGAGCCUUA